UUCGGAUUAUGCCUUGAUAAUAUCGUAAGACUAAAGUUUUAUAGAGUGUAAUAAUAUUGAUAUAACAAACUUAUAUUAAUUUUAAGUUUAAAGUAUUACUGCUUAAGAUAAGAAUCAAGUGGUUAAAUAAUGUUUCUUUCCUUUAAAUAAGCAUGUUAGGAGAUAUUCAACUCACUAAACGCUUGAUUGUUAUUGCGAUUAUACUAGGCAUUAUUUUAGUUUUAAAAGAAUACGUGUUUGUAUUUUCACAAUGACUCAACACAGAGUAGCUUAUUUUUAUAACCCAGACGUAGGAAAUUUUCAUUAUGGCCCUGGACAUCCCAUGAAACCACAUAGGCUAUCCGUAACGCAUAGUUUGGUGCUUAAUUAUGGGCUACACAAGAAAAUGCAGAUUUAUAGACCAUACAGAGCAAGUGCACAUGACAUGUGCCGUUUCCACAGCGAGGAUUACAUUGAAUUUCUGCAGAAUGUAACUCCACAAAAUAUUCAGAGUUAUUCAAAAGAUUUGCUUCACUACAAUGUAGGUGAUGAUUGUCCUGUGUUUGAGGGUUUAUUUGACUUCUGCUCUAUGUAUACAGGAGCUUCCCUUGAAGGGGCAAUGAAACUUAAUAAUAAUGCUUGUGACAUUGCUAUAAAUUGGUCUGGUGGGUUACAUCAUGCAAAAAAGUUUGAACCUUCAGGUUUUUGCUACGUAAAUGACAUAGUGAUAGCUAUAUUAGAAUUACUUAAAUAUCAUCCAAGAGUGCUAUACAUAGACAUUGAUGUUCACCAUGGUGAUGGUGUCCAAGAAGCAUUCUAUUUAACUGAUAGAGUAAUGACAGUGAGCUUCCAUAAGUAUGGAAAUUAUUUCUUUCCGGGAACUGGAGAUAUGUAUGAAACUGGAGCUGAAAGUGGAAGGUAUUUCUCAGUUAAUGUGCCACUUAAAGAAGGAAUUGACGAUCACAGCUAUGUCCAGGUGUUUAAGCCAGUUAUAUCAAGUGUGAUGGAAUUCUAUCGGCCAACCGCAAUUGUACUCCAAUGUGGGGCUGAUUCCUUAGCUGGUGAUCGACUUGGAUGUUUCUCACUUUCAACUAGAGGUCACGGGGAAUGUGUGCAAUUUGUCAAGAAUCUGAAUCUCCCCACACUUGUUGUAGGAGGAGGAGGUUAUACCCUCCGUAAUGUGGCGCGUUGUUGGACUUAUGAAACCUCGCUUCUAAUUGACGAAGACAUUUCAAAUGAGCUUCCAUAUACUGAGUAUCUUGAGUUUUUUGCACCCGACUUCCAGUUGCAUCCUGAAGUUUCUGGGUCAACAAAUGCAAACAGUAAGCAGUAUUUGGAAGCAAUAAGCAAAUAUGUAUAUGACAAUCUGAAGAUGUGUCAGCAUUCACCAGCCGUACAGAUGUCACAUAUACCAGGUGACUUCUUUCCCGAAGAAGAGAGGAUAAAAGAGGAACCCGAUCCAGAUAUUCGUAUCAGUCAAGAGGAAGCGGAUAAAAUGGUGGAGCCUAAGAACGAGUUUUAUGACGAUGAGAAAGACAAUGACAAGGAAUCGGUACCAGAGAGCAAAGAGUCCUAGCGAUCACCUUCGGCCGGGCCGGCCACACCCACUUGACACGGCAAAUUCAGAAAGUACUGGCUUCUACUCGGCCAGACGGACAGUGAUAGUGCAAGUGAGCCUAAAAGUGCUGAAAGUGAUGAACUAAAAUAACUUAUGUGGUAAACUAAAGUGUUAUGUACAUGAUAAUCAAGUUCAAUAGUAAGUGUAGUGUUUCUUCAACAUUAAAUUAUUUGUAAUUGUAGAUAAACAUUUUAAUUAUGUAUUAAAAUAAUUAUUCAAUUUGUUGCAAAUGAAAUGCUUAAAGAAGACAUUUUUAAGAUUGUGAAUAUAAUAAAAUGUAUAUUAAUUAAUUAGAUGUUAAUCGUAGACUCUGAGUAUGACUUAUCUCCUCUAGAGCAGUCGAAUAGUUUGAUAACUGACUGACUAAGUUUAAUAUUCUAAAAUUUGGACUAUAUGUAUGGAAAAAUGUUCAUUAUAAUAUUUAGAAGUACAUACUUAUCUAUAUUGAUACAUUUUAUAUUAAGCUAUGUUGAUUUAAAAUUGAGAGAAAACAGGUUGUUAAAUAAAAUUGUUCUCUGUAACAUCUUAGAUCUCUUGAUUCUUUUACUAUAAACUGACAACACUAAAUAUAAUGAUUCUCUAUAAAAUAAUUAUAAGCUAGUUUAAGAAAUAAAGUUUGUAGUUACAAUAUUAAUUGUAUUUGCUUAAGAAUGAAAAUUUUGUGUAAAUAUUAAAUAACUCAUUAUCUUGACUUCUGAUAUCUGAUUUAUGGAAUUAUGUUUAAAAUAUGAUACAACUUUUGUUUAUUAAUUUUAAGUCUUUAUGAAUAAAAAAAAAAACAAUAUUCUGGUGGAAACAUAAACUAGACAUGGUUAAUCCUAAAAAAAUUGAUAGUUGCUAAGAGAUACUAGUUUAUUAAUAUUAUUAAAUUUUUUCACACAUCUGUUGCCACUGACAUCGAAUUUUCGCGCGAUGUGAAUAUUUGCAUGUAUAUUAGUUCGGUGUGAACAUCACUCACAACUCACAACCCCUGAAUAUUCGCCUGUUCUCAAUCUCAUCCAUAGUUGCAGUCAAAAUGGCGGACAAAGAGGUGAUGGCGGCUGACUAAACUUGUAUAAUUCAAAGGGAUUUGAAAAACUGACAGCCAAAAGUUAAAAACAGUGUCAUUAAAAUUUCAAAAAUAGUUCUCAUCAAGCUUGCGAUGGCUUUUAAUAUACAUAUAAUUUUAACCUGUAUAGAAGAUAGAAAUACAUAUUAUGUGGAUUCUGUUUUUAUUAUGUUAAUUUUAAAAAAGGUGCAAUAUCUUUUUUCAAACAGAUGAUCUGUGAAGGGGUAUCCGAAUAUUUUCGUAUAUGAAAAUCUGGCUCAAUAGAUUUUCUGUGGCAGAUAUUUGCCCAUUAAAAAUCCUAUAGACUAAAUUGAACUUACAAAAAGAAAGCAUUCUACCCGAUUGUUUAUUGGGGUGAAACAUACAAAUCAGUUAAUAAGUCAGUAUAAGGGAUUAAGGAAAAGGUAUUAAUACUAUAACAAUACUUUAUACUUCAAGGUUCAUUAAGUUUGUAUGUUGAUUUUAAAC